AUGGCAUCAGCAAUGGAGUCCAGCCCACAGAGCAAUGCAGGGCCGAUGUCAUGGAACAAGGUCACCAUGGCAGCCGCCAUGUUUGUUGACCUCAGUGAUAAAGGUGACCUAUGUGUAACAUGCAGAGGAAUUUCACAUCCUGGACCUCCUGGUCCACCUGGCCCUCCUGGAAUACCUGGUAGACCAGGAUUACCGGGCCAGAAAGGAAAUCCUGGUCAUUCUGGUGAACGUGGAAGAACAGGUUUCCUGGGUUCUCCAGGCUCUCCAGGUUUUGGAGGAUCACCAGGAUUGAUGGGUGAACCAGGAAUCGGUGGCAGCCAAGGUGAUAAAGGAAACAAAGGUGACCCAGGCUUCCGUGGGGAUACAGGAAGGGAAGGAAGUGAGGGAAUACCCGGUCGACCGGGACCACAAGGACCCCACGGAAUUAAGGGCGACCCGACACCAUUUUCACCAAAAGGUGCCACAGGUCCACAAGGUCCCCCUGGAAACCCUGGUAUUCCAGGACCUAUGGGCCCCUCUGGACCACCUGGGUUUGGACCUCCAGGUACACAAGGACCCAAAGGGUUGGAUUUCCAAGGCACCAUGGUGAAAAAGGAAACAGGAAUAAUGGGGUUGCAGUCCCAGGACCAACAGGGGUUCGUGGUGAAACAGGAGCUCGCGGACCACCUGGUAUCCGAGAGAUGCGCUGUUACUGUUAAGAAGUAUAGAGACUACAACAUGGCAAAAUGCAUUCAGCAGAACUCGGUGCCCAUCCUUUCCACUGUGGAAGUGAUGGCCAACUCUAUGACAGUACUAACAGAACCAGUCAUGAUGCUACAUCUGGUAGUCAAUGUCUCAACUUCCACUGCAGCACAGGUGACAACCAUCCAACAUCACAGUGCUGCAAUGGGAACUCAGGCUGAGAGCAUCAAAUCCAUGCUUCCUGCCAUGCCAAUCCAGCCUGGUGCCAUGCAAAAUCAGACUGAUGCCAUCACGGCUGUAGAUACCAGUGCUCAACAGGACUUGCAGGUCCAGCAAACUGUUUUCCAACAGAUUACUAGGAUUGCUGAGGUGCCACCCAGUGGAAGUGGCUGUGGCUCCAUGGUGCAUGAUCCUGCUAUCCUCUCUCAAGAUGACAGCUUUCAUCCUCCCAGCACUGCCACACCACCAAUGCUCUUGCUGUUGCCUCUCAGUCAAAAAGCUCAGGUUGUUGCCCCCCAUUCUGAAAUGGUACAGUCUGAAGCUGGGCCCUCAAGUCCCAGAGGAGAGUCAGGGCCUCCUGGAGCAUUGGGUCCUCCAGGGAUUUGGGGAAGACCAGGAGCACCUGGACCACAAGGGCUGUCAGGAGUGGCAGGUCCUAAGGGUGACAUAGGUUUUGGACAGCCAGGCUCCCCAGGCCCUGCAGGAAAUGUUGGACCACCAGGGGAGAAGGGUAAUCCAGGACGUCCUGGACUACCUGGAGAUGAAGGGCUACCUGGUCGAAGUGGCCCUCAAGGUCCACAAGGUGACCUUGGAAGUCCUGGUAUUCAGGGGCCAACAGGUCCACGAGGACUACCAGGGAGAGGGAUAUGUGGAGUUAUAGGUCCUGAAGGCCCAGCUGGUGCACCUGGCCCACCAGGAGUACCAAGUAGAGGACCUCCUGGAGAUCCAGGAGUUCCAGGACUGGACAUUCCAGGCCCCCCUGGUAUUCCAGGGUCAAUUGGAAUUCCAGGUCAUCCAGGCCCUGUUGGAUCAAGAGGCUCUCCAGGGAAUCCAGGACGACCAGGAACACCAGGCAGAUCAGGUCCAAAAGGUGAACCAGGUGUUAUGGGAGAUCCGGGGAAUGCAGGGUUAACUGGUGCACGAGGAUUUCAAGGCCCCAGAGGAGACAAAGGUUCUGAAGGUCAGACAGGACUGAAGGGUGAACAAGGUGCGAUUGGAAUGAUAGGUCAAAAAGGUGAAAAGGGAAUGAAAUCAGUUCCAUGUAAUAUGACAGUGAAAGGUGCAAUGGGAAGCCCUGGGCUACCAGGUUUGAAAGGAAGAACAGGACCAAAAGGUGAGGUUGGUUCUUGUGGUGAACCAGGAUACAUAGGUAAAGAAGGAGCACAAGGGCCUUCAGGUCCACCAGGUCCACCAGGCGAUCCAGGUUUACCAGGCAAUCCGGGCAAUCAGGGGUCUCCUGGGGUUUCAGGAUCUACAGGUCCAAUGGGCCUGCCAGGUGACAAAGGAGAGAAAGGGUUCGCAGGAACACCAGGAUCUUCAGCUUUACCUGGUUCUCAUGGCAUCACUGGUUCAAAGGGAGAGAAAGGAGAACCAAGUGAAAUAACCUAUGGCAACCCAGGCCUUCCUGGAGAAAAGGGUAAUCAAGGUCCUUCAUCCCCCAGAGGAUCACCAGGUCCUCCUGGGUCUCGAGGUAAACCAGGAUUUGAUGGGCGUUCUGGGACCCUUGGUGAAAAAGGUGACCAAGGCCAAUCAGGUUGUCCAGGUUCUCCAGGUCCUCAAGGCACUAAAGGACUGGAUGGGAAACCAGGCUUACCAGGAGGUUUAGGUGUCCCAGGCACUCCAGGAAUGACAGGACAUUGUGGUCCACCAGGAACAACCGGAGAAAAGGGAAAUCAAGGAUGCGAUGGUAUUCCAGGUCCUCAUGGACUAAAAGGAGAUCCAGGUUUACCUGGAAGAGGAUCUGGAGGUCAGCCAGGCUUACCAGGCUCAUCAGGUCUGAAAGGAGAUACAGGACUCCCUGGUGAUGAGAGUGAAGCAGGUCCCCCUGGUCUACGAGGUGACCCGGGUCCUCGUGGACCGUCUGGCCUCCCUGGUGAACCUGGGCCACCUGGUCCUACAGGAAUGAGUAUUCAAGGUCCCAAAGGAAGCAAAGGCCUACAAGGCACUCCUGGGCCUGCGGGUCGUCGUGGACUGAAAGGAUUAUUUGGAGAGCCAGGGACAGAUAGUCUAAAAGGAGAUAAAGGCUCAUCUGGUUUACCAGGACUUCCAGGCAACCCAGGUGACAGAGGUGAUCCAGGUGUAAAAGGGCAACCAGGAAUUCCUGGCACUUCAAGUCAAGGUCCCAGAGGCGAGAGGGGUUCAACUGGUACCCCAGGGUUCCCAGGCUUACAAGGUGACAAAGGAACCCGAGGCCAGGCUGGAGAUGCAGGAUCACCAGGAUUGCCUGGGCCACCAGGUCCAAGAGGGACGCCAGUUCUGGAACAGAUAUUAUAUAUAAAGGGCGAGACUGGAUUCCCAGGUACACCAGGACCUGAAGGCCAAAGUGGAAAUCCUGGAUCUCCUGGACCACCUGGAUGUAUUGGAAGCCCAGGUCCACCCGGUCCAGUUGGUCGUAAUGGGCCUCCUGGAGGUAGACCACGUCCAGGACCUAAGGGGUCCCCAGGCUUUCCUGGACAACAAGGACCAAAGGGCUAUCCAGGUCCCCAAGGAAAUCAAGGAGACCAGGGAACCUCAGGAACACCAGGAACAGACAUCCAAGGUUUUAUCUUUGCACGACAUAGUCAAACCGUAGAGAUACCUUUGUGCCCAGGCAACACUAAACAGCUAUACGUUGGUUACUCUCUCCUCUAUGUGCAAGGAAACAAACGUGCAUAUGGACAAGAUUUAGGAACUGCUGGAAGUUGCUUGCCAAGAUUCAGUGUCAUGCCGUUUUUGUUCUGUGAUGUUAAUGAUGUCUGUAGCUAUGCAUCAAGAAAUGACUAUUCUUAUUGGCUGUCGACUUCAAGACAAAUGCCUAUGGAUAUGGCUCCAAUUAGUGGACAAGAACUGAUGCCAUUUAUAAGCAGAUGUAUCGUUUGUGAAAGUCCUGCAAUGGUCCUAACUGUUCAUAGUCAAACAGUUCAGAUUCCAUCAUGCCCGAGGGGCUGGACGUCCUUGUGGAUUGGCUAUUCCUUUGUAAUGCACAGAAGCUCAGGUGCAGAGGGAUCAGGUCAAGCAUUGGCUUCACCCGGCUCAUGUUUAGAAGAAUUUCGUGUUGCGCCCUUCAUUGAAUGCCAUGGGAAGGGAACAUGCAACUAUUAUGUAAAUACCUACAGUUUUUGGCUGGCGACGUUGGAUCCCUCACGGAUGUUCAGGAAACCGAGACCACAAACACUAAAGGCAGGAGAAUUGCGAUCCAUAAUCAGCCGCUGUCAAGUCUGCACAAAAUAAAUGUGGACUCAAAAGGAUAUAAUGGUGCUGUUCCUAAUCAUGUUUUAAAAUGUAUUAAUAUGGCGAUGAAGAUGAUCAAACAUUAUUUUAUGGUGCUGAUGAGACUCUAGCAAACACAACCAGUAAACCUGCCACUUUGCUACUGUUGGUAACAUUUACAAACA